AUGAGAAGCAUUAUAGUUCAGUAUUUAUUCUAUGGGUCCAUUAUAUUUGGGAUAUGGACAGCUCUGUUACUCAUUCAUUUUCACCAUACUUAUGAGAACAACCAGGAGAAGAAAUUUCAGAAGUCUGAAUCAGUUUGGUCCCUUGAAAAAAAUGUGCAUCUGCAAGCUACCCAGGGUUCAGAGCAAAUGCAAAAACCACACUUAAGAAAAGAAUGGUCUGCAGAAAAUAAACCUGAAAAACAGAAAGGUUUUAACUCUUCGAAACCAGAACUUAUCCAUGGACUUUUCAAAUAUGGAUUCAAUAUUAUUGUCAGUAGAAGCCUGGGCAAAGAAAGAGAUGUGCCAGAUUCCAGGAAUGCAAUGUGUCUUAAAAAGCAAUAUCCAAAACAUCUGCCUACUGCUAGUGUUAUUAUUUGCUUCUAUAAUGAAGAAUUUAAUGCAUUGUUUCGGACACUGACAAGUGUCAUAAACCUCACUCCACACCACCUCCUGGAAGAAAUUAUUUUGGUUGAUGACAAGAGUGAAUUUGAUGACUUGAAAGAAAAGCUAGACUAUCACCUGGAAGUUUUUCGAGGAAAGAUUAAAUUGAUAAGAAACAAAAAGAGAGAGGGUCUGAUCCGAGCAAAGCUGAUUGGAGCAUCUCUUGCUUCAGGGGAUGUUCUGGUGUUCCUGGAUAGUCACUGCGAGGUGAAUAGAUUUUGGCUGGAGCCCUUGCUGGCUGUUAUCUCCAAAGACCCUCACAUCGUGGUUUGCCCUUUGAUUGAUAUUAUUGAUGCUAUGACCCUGGAAUACAAAGCCUUUCCUGUUGUUAGGGGAGCUUUUGAUUGGAAUCUACAUUUUAAAUGGGACACCGUUUACUCCUAUGAGAUGGAAGGACCAGAGGGACCCACUGGACCAAUCAGGUCACCUGCAAUGCCUGGAGGAAUUUUUGCUAUACAGAGGCAUUAUUUUAACGAAAUCGGACAGUAUGACAAGGGCAUGAAUCUUUGGGGAGGAGAAAAUUUGGAACUUUCACUAAGGAUCUGGAUGUGUGGAGGACAACUCUUUAUAAUCCCUUGCUCUCGAGUAGGACAUAUCACUAAGCAACACAUCGAAGAUAACAUUAGAAUUUUAAGAUCCCAGGCAUACAACAGUCUAAGACUGGCGCACGUAUGGCUGGACGAAUAUAAGGAGCAGUUUUUUUUACAAAAACCUGGUCUGAAAUCAAUGAAUUAUGGAAACAUCAGUGAACGUGUUGAAUUGAGGAAACGUUUGGGCUGCAAGUCAUUCCAGUGGUAUUUGGACACUGUCUUCCCGGAGUUGGAGGCAUCUAUGAAUGACUCAUGA